GUGGAAGCGGAGGGUGGGGACACUCUGGCCCGGUUCUCGGUGGUGCGAGAGCGGGAGGGAGCAGCGGCCGCUCUGGUCGGCGGACGUGCUGCCGAGUAGUCCCGGAAGCGAAGCAGCGAUGGCGGAGAGUCCGACUGAGGAGGCGGCGACGGCGGGCGCCGGGGCGGCGGGCCCCGGGGCGAGCGGCGUUGCUGGUGUUGUUGGCGUUAGCGGCAGCGGCAGCGGGUUCGGGCCGCCUUUCCUGCCGGAUGUGUGGGCGGCGGCGGCGGCAGCGGGCGGGGCCGGGGGCCCGGGGAGCGGCCUGGCUCCGCUGCCCGGGCUCCCGCCCUCGGCCGCUGCCCACGGGGCCGCGCUGCUUAGCCACUGGGACCCCACGCUCAGCUCCGACUGGGACGGCGAGCGCACCGCGCCGCAGUGUCUACUCCGGAUCAAGCGGGAUAUCAUGUCCAUUUAUAAGGAGCCUCCUCCAGGAAUGUUCGUUGUACCUGAUACUGUUGACAUGACUAAGAUUCAUGCAUUGAUCACAGGCCCAUUUGACACUCCUUAUGAAGGGGGUUUCUUCCUGUUCGUGUUUCGGUGUCCGCCCGACUAUCCCAUCCACCCACCUCGGGUCAAACUGAUGACAACGGGCAAUAACACAGUGAGGUUUAACCCCAACUUCUACCGCAAUGGGAAAGUCUGCUUGAGUAUUCUAGGUACGUGGACUGGACCUGCCUGGAGCCCAGCCCAGAGCAUCUCGUCCGUGCUCAUCUCUAUCCAGUCCCUGAUGACUGAGAACCCCUAUCACAAUGAGCCCGGCUUUGAACAGGAGAGACAUCCAGGAGACAGCAAAAACUAUAAUGAAUGUAUCCGGCACGAGACCAUCAGAGUUGCAGUCUGUGACAUGAUGGAAGGAAAGUGUCCCUGUCCUGAACCCCUACGAGGGGUGAUGGAGAAGUCCUUUCUGGAGUAUUAUGACUUCUAUGAGGUGGCCUGCAAAGAUCGCCUGCACCUUCAAGGCCAAACUAUGCAGGCUGGAGUGUAAUGGUGCGAUCUCGAUCUCAGCUGACUGCAACCUCCGCCUCACCGCAACCUCCGCCUCCCGGGUUCAAGUGAUUCUCCUGCCUCAGCCUCCUGAGUAGCUGGGAUUACAGGCAUGCGCCACAACGCCCGGCUAAUUUUGCAUUUUUAGUAGAGAUGGGGUUUCACCAUGUUGGUCAGGCUGGUCUCAAACUCCCAACCUCAGGUGAUCCGCCCGCCUGGGCCUCCCAAAGUGCUGGGAUUACAGGCGUGAGCCACCGCGCCUGGCCCAGUUGUCAUAUUUUUAAGCAAAGGUUAUUUUGCCUGCUGUUCGGGACUGCCUGUGCUGUUAGGCCUUCUGCUCCCAUGGCUCAGAAGUUGAGCUGUCAUUUCACAUGGGCCCGAAGCUGCUUUCUCUAGGAUCAGCCACCCAGACUUGAAUCUUCCAUCCCCUUGUCUCCUUUCCCCACAGGACCCUUUUGGAGAGAAGCGGGGCCACUUUGACUACCAGUCCCUCUUGAUGCGCCUGGGACUGAUACGUCAGAAAGUGCUGGAGAGGCUCCAUAAUGAGAAUGCAGAAAUGGACUCUGAUAGCAGCUCAUCUGGGACAGAGACAGACCUUCAUGGGAGCCUGAGGGUUUAGACCCUGCUCCCAUCUCCCCUUUCCCCCACUCAAGAGUCCCAGCAGAAUCCCUUCCCCCCACCCCAGGGAUGGAGAGGCACUGUGUAUCUCCCUCCAGACUCGAAGUCAUCCUGCAAGAUGGCAAGAACCAAGCAAGCUCGGAUCCCAAGGUGUGGGAGUGGGGGGCCUGUUCCCGGUCUGACCUCCUUGGCACUGGAGCAUCUGGGGCUGCAUUCAUCCAUUCAUCCCAUAUCAGGGGCCAAGGUACCUUUACAGGAGCACCUAGAGCGAGGGCCUCUGGCAAAAACAAAACAACCAACACACCUCUCCACAGGGCCAGCUCCUUAGGGAUAAGUGGAAGACGGAAAUUGCAAUUCCAAGACGGUGUGUGCCCAAAUGAUUUAUGGGGAUACCUGGAAGGGAGCUUGGGGUGGGGGCUGUCUGUGACACUUAAGCAGUCUGGGUGGUUGUCUAUUUGUCUGUCUUCAGUCUUGAAGCAGGGCUUCCCAAUGCCCUUUUCCUCCCUGCCUGCCUUCCCCCAUUAUUUCCCACAGGCCAGCAUAAUUUUGUUUUUCCUAAUUUAUAGUCACUGUUCUAGACAGACCAAAGAGAAGGAACAGUGGUGGAGUCUAGGCUGCUGAUCAGUAAGCUUUACCUAGCACCUGAGCACCUUUCUCCCCUCCCCCCUUUCCUCACCCUUUUCUAGAUGUAAGACAGAAGGUAAAUGUGACUGGGACUUAACCAAGGUCUUGGUAAAGCCUGCAUGGCACCGUAAGAAGCUGAAAAUACUGUUUGUUCCCGCAAUCACUGAUUUGAAAAGUUCCCGGCACAGGCAACUGCUGUGUAUAUGGGAUUAGAGCCACUACAUAGAAUAGUCUCUUACAGAUUUUCAUAAAUACUAGUCACAAUGAGGGUAUUUCUCUUGGGGGUGGAGUAAGGGGGAGACUGAUGCUAGUCCUUGUUGUAUUUUGUUGGGCUGUCCUUGUGUAUUUUCACCCCAGCCUGUAGUCCUCCUCACUUCAACCCCAGGGAUUUGUGGGGAGCAAGGGUAGCCAAUGGCAGAGGGGGUUGGGGCUGGGACUCUGGAGGCUCCUCCCCUUCUUUCUCCUCCUCCUGCCUCCCCCGUGCCCCCAGCUGCUCUUGUCACUGGCUCUGAUGGGUAUUUGCCUGGCUGUGUUGCUUCUCUAUCUGUAUUUAGCUGCAGUGAUCCUUUAGCUGGUUGGCUCAGAAAAAAAAUGUGCUUUAGGUGCCCUGUAAUCCUGGGCAUCAAGGGAAUCCAUCCUUCCCCUUUUUGAUAUGUUCUCCCCGUACUUCCAGAUUUAUUGUUAUGGCUCCCAGUGGGUAUUGGUGAUUCUUGUGAUGCAGGGCCUGAGUGAGUGUCCAGCCAUGCAUAAGGGAGAGGAUAGUGUGUACCUGCCCUGCCCGCUGCUAUGAAGGUCUCUGCCUUGUGGAUCAUGGGACUCCCCUUGGAGGAUCUGUGCAAAGAGGGGCUGGGCACAAAGGAGAAUGUCCUAUUUGGGAGGGCAGGAAGCAAAGGAACUGGACAGGGAUUGGUGGGCUUGGGGAACGGAAGUUUAUUUUGGAUACCCUUGAAUAGGCUGGGUCUCUUCACAUGAAGAUUGAGAAGGGACCCUGCUUCCAAUUUCCCUCUUCCAUUCCUCGAGCUACUCCAGGGCUUAGAAGAAUGCCCUUGGUCUGUGGGUCCAGUGUUGUCUGUCAUCCAUUUAAGUGUUCCCACUUUCAAGUGACAAUCCUCUCCUUGGCCCUACCAUAGGGCAGAGCAUGUCUGGCAUAGCAGCCUGACUUUUAUGCCCUAAUCUUGAGUUGAGGAAAUAUAUGCACAGGAGUCAAAGAGAUGUCUUUAUAUCUGACUGUACAUAAAUGAAGUUUUUUUGUUUUUUUUUUUUUUUCCUUUUUGGUGCAAUAAAGUUUGUUUUGGCAGAA